CCGCUAAAUAACUGCGCCGAACUCGCCCCUCGCACACUGGUUCCUCGUUAUUGUCCUGGUACUGAGGAGUUCAGUCACAACCUAGGUCAGACAUUGUCCAGUGAACUUGGGAAUCUCUAGCAUUACACCACCACAUCAAGCUUCACUAUAUCCCCCUCAGAACACGUCGCCUAUACUGUCCAUGAUCCAUCCCUCAGCACUAGGGUAUAUAUAUCCCCUCAGUGGGUGGGUGGAGCCCUCAGGAAGUGACGUCACGAUUCACCUGCCGCGCGGUGGGUAGAGCCGGGCAAGAGACGGAGAGAGCUGGCGAGUGCGAGUAGGGGAAGUGUUGACGGCUUCGUAUCGGCUUCGGAACUCGCACCUACCACUUGGUAACGAGUAGGGGGAACCGCUACAGAGCAAGAGACGUCGGGCGAGGCGAUAGCGCAAGGAGGUGUGGGCGUGUCUUUAGGAGUAGAUACACCCGGAGCUUAGCACUUACUGGCACCGUCCUGCUGUUCCGCUAUGGAUUCCCUCGCUGUCCUGUGGCUCCUGUUACUCGGCUCCGCUUCUACAAGAGCCCUGAAGGUGGACACAAAUGAACCGAAAACAUUUAUAAUGCCUCAAGGUGAUAAAGUGGUUUUGGAAUGUAAAUUUUCGUUAGAUCCACAGGACACAGGAACCUUAGAUAUUGAGUGGUCAUUGGUGGCAUCAGAUACCCAACAAACUGAUCAGCAGAUAAUUACUUUCGCUGGAGACCAAACAUAUACAAUGUAUGCAGAGCUGAAAGAUAGAGUACAUUUUGUCUCCAAUGACCCCAAGACCGGAGAUGCGACCAUAGAAAUCAUUAACUUAAAGCAAUCUGACAGUGGAACAUACCAGUGCAAAGUAAAAAAAGUUCCAGGUGUGGGGAGCCGGAGGUUGACAGUGUCCGUUUUGGUUAAACCAGCAAAAACGAGGUGCUUUGUUGAAGGCACCCAGGAAAUUGGGAGAGAUCUCAGCUUGAAAUGUGAAUCCAAAGAUGGGACCCCACCCCUUACAUACUCAUGGCAGAGGCUCAGUGGACAAGGCAAGAAUACUCCAGCUAUAACACCAGAUGCAACAACUGGAUUUGUGCCGAUAAAAAAUGCAUCUCAGGAAUACAGCGGCACCUACAGGUGUUUAUCUCACAACAGAGUCGGAAGUGACGAGUGUCUCCUCAUACUUAAUGUUGCUCCCCCGUCAAAUGUGGCUGGAAAAAUUGCCGGUGCCGUUAUUGGAACAUUGCUUGGUCUUAUACUUCUGGCCCUCAUCAUAUUUUGCUGCUGCAGAAAGCAAAAAGAGAAGAAAUAUGAGAAAGAAGUACAGCAUGAGAUCAGAGAGGACGUUGCUCCGCCCAAAAGCCGCAAUUCCACCGCUCGCAGUUAUAUCGGGAGUAAUCACUCUUCUCUUGGCUCUCUGUCUCCCUCGAACAUGGAAGGCUACUCCAAAGCUCAGUACAAUAAAAUACCCAAUGAAGAGUUUGAGCGCCCCCCAAGCCAAGCACCAAACUCCGUUCCUUCCAAGUAUCAUGGCUUAACAGCGGUUUAGACAUCGGGGGAGACCUCCGUCAUGAGCUGUGCUGGGAUGAAAGUGCCUCGUUGACCUUGGUCCAAAAUAACACUAAAGUGACAUUUAUUAUGGCAAAAAUUCAUCUGACAAUCCUUCUUCCUGGACAUUUUGCAGUGCAUUUCUGUUUUUUUUCUUAUCUGCAUUUUCCAUUUAAAAAAAGAAAUUGAAUUCCUUCCUCUCGGAAAUAGAUGAACAUAUGUUUUACCCAUUGGACUGGAAGGAACAUUUCUGCCCAACCCAGAGGAACUGGAGGUUAGAUGGGCAGGACCUGCUAUAGGCAUAUAAAAAUAAUGUUUGGUCAUGGUCUGGAAACGCAAAUGGAUUUCAGGAAGAAAUAUAUUGACAUUAUUUGCUAUAAAGAAACAUUGUUGAGAUUGAUGCAAGUCCAUGAAGGAGGGUGACAGCAAAGCCCAUCUAAAGCCUCUCCAACGCAUUCAAGGGGGAAAAAAUCCUUCCUGACCCCAAGACGGCAAUGAGACCAGUACCUGGAUCAAAGAACUAUUUUAGUCACCCUGUAUUUUUUUCCCUUU